CCCCGGCUGACCGUGCGGGCCCGCGCGCGCGGAGCCGCCGCCGCCUUCGGGCCCCGCCGGGGCGCGGGCCGGCCGGCAUGGGGUCCCUGUUCCGGAGCGAGACCAUGUGCCUGGCGCAGCUCUUCCUGCAGUCGGGCACGGCCUACGAGUGCCUCAGCGCCCUGGGCGAGAAGGGCCUGGUCCAGUUCCGAGACCUCAACCAGAAUGUAAGUUCUUUCCAAAGGAAAUUUGUUGGUGAGGUGAAGAGGUGUGAAGAGCUAGAGCGAAUACUGGCAUAUUUGGUGCAGGAAAUUAACAGAGCUGACAUUCCGCUUCCUGAGGGAGACACCAGUCCUCCUGCACCACCUCUGAAACAAGUUCUGGAAAUGCAGGAGCAGUUGCAGAAGCUUGAAGUUGAGCUGAGAGAAGUCACUAAGAACAAGGAGAAACUGAGGAAGAACUUGCUCGAACUGAUUGAGUACACGCACAUGCUAAGAGUGACGAGAACCUUCGUGAAGCGGAACGUGGAGUUUGAACCCACUUAUGAAGAAUUCCCUGCCUUAGAGAAUGACUCAUUGUUGGACUACAGCAGUAUGCAGAGGCUGGGAGCAAAACUGGGAUUUGUCUCUGGCCUAAUUAGCCAAGGAAAAGUUGAAGCAUUUGAAAAGAUGUUGUGGAGGGUCUGCAAAGGGUACACCAUCUUGACCUAUGCAGAACUGGAUGAGCCCCUCGAAGACCCUGAAACGGGAGAAGUCAUAAAAUGGUAUGUGUUUCUGAUAUCCUUCUGGGGAGAGCAGAUUGGCUACAAGGUUAAGAAGAUAUGUGAUUGUUACCACUGCCACAUUUACCCCUACCCAAAUACUGCCGAGGAGCGAAGGGAGAUUCAGGAGGGACUCAAUACCCGGAUUCAAGAUCUUUAUACUGUGCUUCACAAAACCGAGGAUUAUUUAAGGCAGGUGCUGUGUAAAGCUGCCGAGUCGGUCUACAGCCGUGUGAUCCAGGUGAAGAAAAUGAAGGCCAUUUACCACAUGCUGAACAUGUGCAGCUUUGACGUGACAAACAAGUGCCUCAUUGCUGAGGUCUGGUGUCCCGAGGCCGACCUGCACGCCCUGCGCUGCGCGCUCGAGGAGGGCUCGAGAGAGAGCGGUGCUACAAUCCCCUCAUUUAUGAACAUAAUCCCAACAAAAGAAACACCCCCGACUCUGAUCCGCACCAACAAAUUCACCGAGGGCUUCCAGAACAUCGUGGAUGCCUACGGCGUCGGGAGCUACAGGGAGGUGAACCCAGCUCUCUUCACCAUCGUCACCUUCCCCUUCCUGUUCGCCGUGAUGUUCGGAGACUUUGGACAUGGCUUUGUGAUGUUCCUGUUUGCCCUCUUGUUGGUGUUAAAUGAAAACCAUCCCAGACUCAGUCAGUCACAAGAGAUCAUGCGAAUGUUUUUCAACGGCCGGUACAUCCUCCUGCUGAUGGGGCUCUUCUCGGUGUACACGGGCCUCAUCUACAACGACUGCUUCUCCAAGUCAGUGAACCUGUUCGGCUCCGGGUGGAACGUGUCUGCCAUGUACGGCGCCGCCCACGCGCCGUCGGAGCGUGAGAAGAUGGUGCUUUGGAAUGACAGCGUCGUCAGGCACAACAGGGUUUUGCAGCUGGACCCAAGCAUUCCUGGAGUGUUCCGCGGCCCCUACCCGCUUGGCAUCGACCCUAUUUGGAACUUGGCCACAAAUCGUCUCACUUUUCUAAACUCUUUCAAAAUGAAGAUGUCUGUGAUUUUAGGAAUUAUUCACAUGACUUUUGGAGUCAUUCUGGGAAUAUUUAACCACUUGCAUUUCAGGAAGAAGUUCAAUAUUUAUUUGGUUUCCAUCCCAGAACUUCUCUUCAUGCUCUGCAUAUUUGGACACCUUAUAUUUAUGAUCGUCUAUAAGUGGCUGCUUUAUUCAGCAGAAACCUCCAGAGUUGCUCCUAGCAUUCUGAUUGAGUUUAUUAACAUGUUCUUGUUCCCGACUAGUGAAACCAAUGGUCUUUACCCAGGGCAGGAGCACGUCCAGAGACUGUUGCUGGUGGUCACAGCGUUGUCCGUCCCCGUUCUCUUCUUGGGAAAACCUCUUUUUUUGUUGUGGCUGCACAACGGGCGGAGCUGCUUUGGCAUGAGCAGGAGUGGUUACACACUUGUAAGGAAAGACAGCGAGGAGGAGGUUUCAUUGCUGGGCAGCCAAGACAUAGAAGAGGGAAAUCACCAAAUGGAGGACGGAUGCAGAGAAGUGACGUGUGAGGAGUUCAAUUUUGGGGAAAUCCUAAUGACCCAAGUGAUCCAUUCCAUCGAGUACUGUCUGGGAUGCAUCUCCAACACGGCGUCAUACCUGAGGCUCUGGGCGCUCAGCUUGGCUCAUGCACAGUUGUCUGAUGUCCUGUGGGCCAUGCUGAUGCGAGUGGGCCUCCGCGUGGACACCACCUACGGAGUCUUGCUGCUCCUCCCGGUUAUUGCGCUCUUUGCAGUUUUGACAAUUUUCAUCCUUUUGAUCAUGGAAGGGCUUUCUGCAUUCCUUCACGCCAUACGCCUCCAUUGGGUAGAAUUUCAGAACAAAUUCUAUGUUGGUGCAGGCACCAAAUUUGUUCCUUUCUCAUUCAGACUCCUUUCAUCCAAGUUCAGUGAUGACAUGGCAUGAUCGUGUUGCUGGAUCCAACAAGUUUCAGAUUUAUGGAGAAUUAUCAUGUUAUAGAAUUUCGCUUAUGUCAAAUUUACAAUAGGAAAAACUCUGUCUAAAUUGAUUGCCUUAUGAUACCGCCAAAUAAUUCUGUAAGAUAUACCUCUUCCUCAUUUGUUAAAUGUUUUGUAAAGUUUAUCAAUUUCAGAUAUAUAAAUUUCUUUCAGUUUUUUGAUGAGCAAAUGUAAGUUAAUGCCAAAAGUUAUGUUAAAGUUAUUUUUAAAAAUAUCGGCUUGUGGAGAGAAGUCAAUUUUGAAUGGCUGGUUGAAAAUGGUCUUGGAAACUUGGUUCUUUUUCACCUUAUUAAAAAAAAAAGCAAAGAGUUAUUCUGUCACCUGAAGUUGUCAGAUAAUAUUUUCCAACAGCUGAAGUUAAGUAUAGUUUUUGUAAAAAUUUAAUUUGACAGGUAAUCAAAAGAUUCAUGUUUUCUGCUUGGCUAAAAGUGUGUGAACAUUUUUUAUCGUAUGUUAUCUAGAAUUACAAGUAGGCGAUUGUUUCUACAGUUUUGUCUUGUUUUAAUAAUUAGGGAAAAUGGGAUAAAAUAACAUACAACAAAUGGUUGUUCACUUGUAUAUUUUUUUAAAGACUCUUAUCCUGUUAUCCUUACAUAAAACCAAUUAUGAUAAUUGUAUAUUUGGAAAGGUAAACUCUACACUGAGCCUUAAGCCCAGAGUGACUGUGGAAGAUAUAACAAGGAUAUGAUUUGAACUUAGUGACCAGCUUGGCUGAUGCUAUUGAACCGAAAGGGGUUUAAACAUGUUGAGUGAAGGGAAGGUAGAAAGUAGUAUUUUGUAUAUUUUUAUAACAAAAUAUAAAUUAAGAUGUUUUUCCAUGAAGAGAUUGCACCUGUCCUUGAGAACAGUAUCAUUGUAAUUUUUUACUUUCAAUUAAUAUUAAUUCUAAAUAAAGGUCUGAUAAAGGCAUUUAGAAUUAAUUUAAACUUUCAAACACUAUUUAGCUCAGUUGAAAACUAAUUCUUAACUAAGCCAUUCAUUUAUAAUCUUUAGUUUAAAUUCAUCUUUUCACCUGACAGUUUAGUUUUCAAUGAAUUUGAGUCAGUCCUAUUGAACAUUGUGAUCUGUUCUAAAGUCUUAAAAAUUAUGUUCCUUUUUUACAUUUCACUGUAAUUGAUUUUAGGUAAUUAUUUUCAAAAAGAUACCUGCAGUGUUUUCACAUUGUUAACGUUUUGAGUAACACACACGAGAAGGCCUGGUUGUCACCAUGCUCCUUCACCCCGGCUACUGGUAGAGAGUUAGGAAUUUUCUUUACAAGCUAAGAUUAUGGCAGCACUGAGUUUGAGCGUAUCUUUUUAGGAAAUUUCAGUGCCUGUUUGUGAGAGGUGUGAACUGAACAUCACAACAUAACUGUGACUCUGACACUAAACCUUUUUCGUUGUAGUAAAUGUCCCACCCUGCUCCUCCAUGAGAUGGUACCCAAAGCCGGUUUGGAAUUACUGGGUUUUGUCUCUUAUAUUAAGAUGUCAAACAUAAAAUGAUGCUGAUGAAACCCUGGAAGAUGAUUCUGCUCUCAAAGUGAAGUUUCCCCAGAAAGGUGGAAUAGUGGACACUUUUGUUGGGCAGAUACAAAAUCCAAAGAAUGCUGUCCAUGUUUCACACUUGUACCUUGCAAGGUGUCAUUUUUAUUACUUUACUCCAAGGAUCUGUUGUAACUGAUUCAUCCCCAGGAAGCUCCCGAUUUCAGGGCCGUGUGAACUGGAUUAGUAAACAACAAACAUACAGUGUCUGCUGGCAUGCUUUACUGCCUCCAGUGGUGACUGUCGUGGGGGCCACUUUUUAAUUCUAAUUAACACCUCUUAUCAGGGAGUUAUAAGAACAGAGAGUAAAGAGUCCUUUUUCAAUUGAAACCUAUGUAGUAGUUAUGUAGAAUGUAGUUAUAUUAAAAAAUGAAUUAAUAGUCUUAACGUUUGUGAAAGAACUCUCUAGAAAUAUCGUUUGGUAGUGUCUGUUAGUUCCCAGGACUAAUUUUAUGUCCAGUGUCAUGUUAUCAGAGCGGUUGCUCUGUUUUGUUUUUAAGCUAUUUAGUAGAACUAAUUAUGUAUGUAUUUUUUAAGACAGACUUCAUUUCCUUGCUAGCAAAUAACCAGAGGAAAAAUGGUCAGUUGUCUGAAUGAUGCUAAAUAUGUUUAUUUUCCUAAAGAUAAAUGUCAUCCACAUUUUCCAGUUUUCAUUCAAUAUGUUGAUGGAGUCCUAAAAUAAAAAUCCAAGGGAUUUCUUGAGUAAAAUAGAAUGUGAUUUCAUCCUGCAAGGGUGAAGAACGUCCUUUCGAUGACAUCAGUUAAGCAGUGAAGUGUGUUCCCAUGGGGGUCAUGGUGAGCCCUGUGGACUUUCCAUUCAUUAUGGAUGAGACUUUGAAGACUCACCUUUCACUGAGGCUGCUCUGUCCUAAUUUCUGGAAUGGACAUUUUAUAACAGCAGUCUGGUCUCAUUUUUUAAUCUGCAGUAAUUGAACAAGGCAUAGAAUUAUCUAUAGCAUAGGUAUCUCUUACGAUGUUUACGAAGUACAUUUGAGAGCCUGAUUCAUUUUGGAAAACAAAAACAAAAAAUGACUUCUACAACUGUUCUGCAGUCUGUAUUCAAAAACAAUAAAUUUCUUUAUUAAAAUUUUAAA